AUGGACCCUGGCAGACACCCUGCAGACUCUGCAGACCCCUACAGACCCCUGCAGACCCCUGCAGACCCCUGCAGAGCCCUAUGGACCCUGGCAGACACCCUGCAGACCCCUGCAGAGCCCUAUGGACCCUGGCAGACCCCCUGCAGACCCCUGCAGACUCUGCAGAACCCUGCAGACCUCUAUGGACCCUGGCAGACCCCCUGCAGACUCUGCAGACCCCUACAGUCCCCUGCAGACCCUGGCAGACCCCCUGCAGACCCCUACAGACCCCUGCAGACCUCUAAAAUGGUGAUUUUGAGAGAGUUCCUGGCCAAAAAUGGUCAUUUUGGGGUUGAUUUCCCCAGAAGUGAUCUUCCUCCUCCCCCCACCAUCACUGUGAUGCCGCUGAAGACCCAGUACCUCCUUGGUGACACCAUCUCCAUCCAAUGCUCUGCCCCAUGGACCCAGGAGAAGCUCCAAGGCUUCCAGUUCUCAGGCAGCAGAGGCUGGGCAAUGGAGGUGAGGACUUCCAAGAGGUCCUACAGCCACCACUUCAACAUCACAGGACCCAAGGAUGGGGGGCCCCAAGCCUGCUGCUAUGUCAUCAAGAGGCCUCGAGGUCCUCUCUGCUCCCAGGAGAGCAAGGCCAUCAUCAUCAAUGUCAAAGACCAUCCACCUCAACCCACCUUGACCCUGAAGCCUUCUUCCGGCCUCACCAUUGAAGGUCAGCCUCUGGUCUUCUUCUGCACUGCUCCAGAAGGCAUCAAGGAGCCCAGGUUCUACAUCUACAAGGAGAACCUCAAGCUGCUGGAGGGCAUCAAUGUCACCGUGGAGGCCACCAAAGCUCAGUUCCUGGUGGGGGAGGCCAAGCAGAACCACACUGGGAACUUCUCCUGUGGCUACGAGGAGAUGACCGAGGGCCGCUGGAUCCCCUCCUACCUCAGCCAGGUCCUGGAGGUCCUCAUCAAAGAAGCUGCUUCUCCUCCCCACUUGGCCAUGGAGCCUUCCACUGGGGUGGUGGAUGAGGACCACCCCCUGCAGCUCACCUGCAAAGCCUCCAGAGAUAUCUUCAGGCCACGGUUCCACUUCUACAGGAAUGGGCUGGAGAUGCCACCAGGUCAAGGUGGCUUCAAGAUCCAGAAGCUGAGGAAUGCCUCCCACCUGCUGGUCUCCAGGACCUCCAGGAGCUUCAGCGGCAACUUCAGCUGUGGGGUGGAGGAGGACGUGGAGGGGACCUGGGUGGUGGCACCUCGGAGUAGAGCUCUGAGCGUCACCAUCAGAGCAGCUCCACCUCAGCUUCUCCCAUUGGUGGCCGGGACCCUCUCUGGUGGCCUUGUCCUGCUCCUUGGCUUCCUAUUGGCUGUUUGGCUCUGGAGGAGGCGGAGAGGUGGUGUCCACUGGAAGGACUUUCAGGACAAAGAGGACUCGAGCUCGUACCCUAUGGCCAAAGUCAGCCAGGGGUGACCUUGGAGGUAACCCUGA